UUUCUGCGCCUUUCACGAUGCAAGGAAGCGCCCAUCGCGAGAUGAGAGGUUGAGCUUCUGAGGGAGAAGGGAAAGCGGUGACUCCGGGGCCUCCGUGUUGGCUGCGUCCGUGGGAACCGCCUUCUCCGCACCCGCAGGACUGAUAUGAGCGCGGUUGGCGCCCGCUCCCCUCGACCCCACCGGCUGACGGAAUACUGGGCCGGGAAGGGCCCCGUCAUGGCCUGCGUCCCUUUAUGAGGCCCUCCUCCCCAGUCCCCCAUGUUUCAGGCAACAACAGAGGAGCUUCCCCGGAGUGUCACCCUCCGUUCUCCGCCUCCCUCCGCCUCAGGGCCGCCCAACUUCCCAGCAGCCUGGGAAACCCUCUUCUCGCCUCCCUCCGAGGGAAAAGCCUCUCAAAAUGUCCACAACGUGACCUGAAAUAACACAAGGAUAAGAAGAGCCAUGGUGUCAUGGAAAGGGAUUUACUUUGUACUUGCACUGUUCUUGGGAAGUUUUUUUGGAAGCAUUUUCAUGCUUGCUCCUGUCCUGCCAUUGAUGUUCGUCUCCCCAGCUUGGUAUCGUUGGAUCACUGAUCGUGUUGUGGCAACCUGGCUUACACUUCCAGUAGCUUUGCUAGAGAUUGUGUUUGGAGCAAAAGUGGUUAUAACAGGUGAUGGAUUCAUCCCAGGUGAAAGAAGUGUCAUUAUCAUGAACCAUCGAACACGAAUGGAUUGGAUGUUCCUGUGGAAUUGCCUACUGAGAUAUAGCUACCUCAGACUUGAAAAAAUAUGUCUAAAAUCUAGUCUCAAAGGCAUUCCAGGAUUUGGUUGGGCUAUGCAGGUGGCUGCCUUUAUUUUCAUUCAUAGGAAAUGGGAAGAAGACAAAAAACAUUUUGAAAAAAUGCUGGAUUAUUUCUGUGACAUUCAUGAACCACUGCAGCUACUACUCUUUCCUGAAGGAACUGAUCUAACAGACAACACCAAAGCCCGCAGUAAUGCAUUUGCUGAAAAGAAUGGACUUCAGAAAUAUGAGUAUGUCUUGCACCCAAGAACUACAGGCUUCACUUUUAUAGUGGAACGAUUAAGAGAUGGUAAUAACCUUGAUGCUAUCCAUGACAUAACAGUGGCAUAUCCUCAAAACAUUCCACAGACUGAAAAGCAUCUUCUGUAUGGGAACUUCCCAAAGGAAAUUCAUUUUCACGUCCAGAGAUACCCAGUAGAGGUUCUUCCCGCAUCACGGGAAGAACUGCAGCUUUGGUGUCAGCAGCGUUGGGAAGAAAAGGAAGAAAGGCUGCGUUUGUUCUAUGAAGGCAAAAAAUACUUUGAUGCAUCAAGGAGAAGCAAAAUUCCUCCUUGUAAAUCUGAGCUCAGGGUCAUGGUUGUUAAGUGCAUUUCACUCUUGUACUGGACAUUUUUCACACUGGCUGCGUUUGUGCUGCUAUACUUGUACAGCUUUGUACGGUGGUAUUUUGUCUUUGUGGUUGUGAUAUUUUUUAUGCAACACAAACUGUUUGGUGGGCUGGAAUUGAUAGAACUUGCAUGUCACAAUUUUUUUAGUAAAAAAACAGUACACAGAUCAAACUAAAUUCAGAGACUAAACGUGAUGUUUAUUGUGGGGUGGUGUUAAUACUGUGAGCGCUUUUUGGAUGUGUCACAUGAAAACAAGAAACUGGAGGAAAAUCAAGUUUUUGCAUGAGAGUCAUUGGUUUUUCUUAAUCCUGUCAUUGGUUGAUAACACUGUCCAUUUUUAUUGUGAAUGGAUAAAAAACUUGGUAAGCUGUAUGACUUUUUAAUAUUUGAAUGUAUUGUCAGUGUUUCUCUUCCUGGCAGCUAGCAUCUGCUUUAUUGCUGCAAAACAAUUUGCUGACCAAUCAAAAUAUAUAGCCAUUGACCUUUUUAAACAUGUAGCUCAAAGUAACUGGGCAGAUUGUAGAGCUAAAAUAGUGGUCUAUGAUUUCAGUUCAGCUUUGUUGUAAAUAAAGUGUGAAAUAUGAAAGUCCCAGCACUUUAUAUGACUAAUGUUUGACUUUCUGUAAUUCCCUCAUCUCUCACAGAAAGAUAGGCUAUGAUACAGUUAUUGUUCUUAGCAUCAGCAAAUUUUCUGGUCUGCAGAAUAAGAAAAUAAAACUCAGGACCUUUAUAUUGGAUUCAUUUUAUGGUAUUUCCCUUUGUCAUGUUCCAUUUCAAUUGAAUUUGUCCAACUUGUACACUGUAAUCAUACUUUGAAACAACUUCCACUGAAAAUUAGUUGAACAAUAUAUCUGAACAGAUGUGAUGGCAGUUUUUUAUCUGUAUGCAUGGCUGAAUUCACCACUGAUGUUUCACAAAUCUUAAACCCUCAUCAUUCCAUCAAAGUUUUGCUUAUUCUAGUGGCAUACAGCAGUUUAGCCCUAGGUCAUCCAUGGAGUCCACCAGUUCCCAUCAGAUUACACAGAGGAACUUCCAGUGGGGCUCCAUGAAUGAUCUAGGGUCUACCUACUUCUACACUUCCCCCCGUAAGAUCAUCAAAAUCAAGAGCUGAGGGAUGUGGAGCAAUGGGAUCCCCACAGCCCCCCCCCCCCCCCCGCAAGGGUCUUCGGAUUCUGGCAGCAGUGUGACAAAGUUGUUGGUCAUAUCUGUGGACAUUUCAGCAUCUCAAUUGAGUUGAUUGGCACCAUUAACCUCUUUACCUAAUGUGAGGUUGACCAUGAAAACAACAACACUAGCCUGACCAAAACUGAAUCUUAAUCUUGAGAGUAGAUUAUUGUUUUCCCCAUUAAACCAACUGUAGAAAUAAUCUUGAUAUUUUGCCCUCUAUGGGAUUAUAGCAGUACUUCCCAAACUUGGUCCUCCCUGCAAGUGGUCAAGCUGGCUGGAGCUUUUGGACAUUUAGAUUCCAAACAUAUGGAGGACCAGAGGUUGGGAGCCAUUGCAUUAUGCAUAACCUGAUAGACGUAAGAUUUUUGGCCUUGGUGUUCUGUUUUAUUGUUUAGGCAAUAUUUCACAGUCUCCAUGACAUACAGCUAUUCUUACUGCAUCCUAGGUGGUGUCAGUAGAUAGACUGCUCCUCACUUCUCUCUCAAGCACCAAGUAUGAAGUAAUUGUUCAUUAAGAAAGCCAAAAAGGCAACACAAAAAAAAAAAGAAUUCAGAUAACCAUCUGAACAUUUCACCUUCCAGUUAGAACUGUACACAGCAUGUUAUAUUACUGGAAUAGACUUUCUUAUCUUCCCUCACUUGUCAAAAUGCUAAGGAUUUUCUGGCAAGAAGAAACUAAUUUCAAAAAUUGUGUAAAAUAGGCCCACAAUUUCUAACAAAAAUUUUCUCAAUGCUCUCCUCCUUUAUGGAAUGAAAUGAGUGUUUUGAAUUUGAAUUUCUUCACUUAAGCACUUAUCAUAUAUGAUUCAGCACUUUUUCUUGCGUAGAUCCAACUCCUAUUGUGGUUGCAUAGCUGACGAAAUAUGCCAAGGCAUUUGUCAUGCACUGAAUAUUAGUAAUAUCAGAGCCUUACACCAGGUUGUGCAGUAUUCUGUGUUGAUCACACUAAAUGUCAUGUUGAGUUCCAUGUCUUUGUUCAGCCUCUGUUGCUUUUGCACUGUUUUUAUAGAUGCAUUUUAUAAAAACUCAACAGUAAUCUAUAGUAAUAUUAAAAGAUUUAUAAUGCACAGUGAUGUUCUUUUAUUGAAUUCUUUCAUUUACUACUGAUAGUAAACUAGACUGAUUCCUCUACAAUACUGAAGGUAAAAGUUGUCCUUGUUGAUACAUCGAUAUUCGGUCCUGUAGCAUUUUACUUAGCUAUUGAUUUGCUCUUGAGGUUUCCAAACUCAAAGGAUCAGAGAUACUAUAAUAUUUUAUUAUAGCUGAAUAAUAAAAGCAAGCAAAAGAGA